CUCUGUGAUUAGACAAACAGAGAGAAAUAUAAACAAUAAACAAAAAUAAAAGUUAUUCAUAUUCGUUUAAUGAAAAUAUUAACGGAAAGAAAAAUGUCCUGUAGAUUAUGCUUGAAUCAGAACAAUUCUAAACUGAUAUCGAUCUCAGAAAAUGAUAUUGUAGCUAAAAUCAAAGCUUGCAUAUCCUUAGAUUUGGAAACUAACGAUGAUUUUCCUAGUUGUAUAUGUCUCUUAUGUUUCAAAAAAUUGGAAGAUUUAUGGUCCUUUAGAAAUAUGUGUUUAGAAUCCGACAAGAUUCUGAAAGAAUUUAAAACAGAGAAGGAUGAUAUGGUCAAAAUGGAAGACUUCGACGAUGGUACAGAGGAUUGGGAUUCAUCUGACGAAGAGCCUUUAGAACAGAAAAUUGUGGAUUUUACGAGAGAAAACCAUGAUUUGGAAUUUUCAUUGUCAGAGAAUAUUUACACAUGUGACAUUUGUGAAGAUAAAUUUGACGAAAUCUUUGCCUAUCUCGACCAUCAAACUUCACAUGAUGGAGAACCUGUAUUUAAAUGCGAUAAGUGUGACGAAUUGUUUUCUAGUAGAGAGCAACUUGUUAAACAUGAACAAGAACACUUGUAUCCAUGCCCUAAAUGUUGUAAACUAAUGAAGAAGUCAAGCAUUAAAUCUCACUUAAUAAGUCACACGGAUAAAUAUAAAUGCACAGACUGUCCUCAAAGCUGCAACUCAAGGUUGUCUUUGGAACAGCAUAUUAUAGCAGUACAUACGAAUAUAAAGGCCUUUGUCUGUGAAAAUUGCGGCAAAAAUUUUGCAACAUCUACUUCGCUCAGAACACAUUUGUUGUCCCACGCAGAAAAAAGGAAAUAUUCUUGCACUUUGUGUGACUAUAAAGGUAGGACAGCUUCCGCCAUAUACAUCCAUAUGGCUAAACAUGCAAACGAUACAUGUGUAUGUGAGUUCUGCUCCAAAGUGUUCAAAAGCAAUAGAAACCUCUACGAUCACCUACGAAGAGUGCACAGCAAGGUGAAAAAACAUGUUUGUUCAUACUGCGACAAAAGAUUUGUUGACCAUUAUAUGCUUAAGAUUCAUACGAGGACCCACACAGGUGUCAGACCAUAUCAGUGUGAUCAAUGUGAUAAAACUUUCUUCAGGUCUGACGCUUUAAAGGAACACAAAAUGACUCAUAUUGAAAGAACAACUUUCAAUUGUGAAAAAUGCUUCAAACCCUUUGUGUCCAAGAGAGGUGUUACUCGACAUAAUUGUCCAGCUAUGAAAUUAAACUAGUAGGGUAGCCUUGCAAUUUACACAAGGUUUUUUAUAAUAAAAAUAAAUAUAAUGUGACUGUUAAUUUAUUGGUAUAAUCUACAAGACAUUCUCAAA